CCCGUGCCGGCUGGGGUGCUGGGCCGGGAGGAGGGAGCGGAAGUGCUGCCAUCCGGCGGAGCGGUCCGGGGUCUGCGGUCCGAUCCCUGGACACGUGCCAUGGAGGGGUCUAGCGAUCCGCUCUUGGAUGCUAAGACCAAGGUCACCAACCAGCUUGUCGAUUUUCAGUGGAAACUGGGGAUGGCUGUGAGCUCCGACAGCUGCAGAUCUCUCAAGUACCCCUAUGUCGCGGUGAUGCUGAAAGUGGCGGAUCAGUCAGGCCAAGUAAAGAGCAAGUCUUUUGAAAUGACCAUUCCACAGUUUCAGAAUUUCUACAGACAGUUCAAGGAAAUUGCUGCAAUUAUUGAAACUGUGUGAACACAGAGCACUUGGUUGAAAAAUUGCUGCCGGAGUUCUAAAAUUAUGGACUUCACUUUCUGCAAUGUAACUGUAUGCGGAUCAGAUGAUAUUUAUUGAAAGAACUACACUUUUGUUUUUCCCUUUUGUAAAUAAAAACAUUAGACAAACAGGAAUUA